UUUAGAUGAGGGUUUAUUGUUUAUUUCUCAACUUCAUCUGAUAGCCUACUGAUAUUACAGUUUAUGCGGUCAAAAUAUUAGUUUGCAUUGGUUUCACAGACAUCCUAAAGACUCAUAACUCCUCAAAUACAGUAAUGUGGCAACAACAACUCGAAAAACAUGAUGUAAUUAUAGCCCAGAAGAGCCUGGUUGAGAUUUGCAUCACAGUCCAGCUGACUUACAACGACGUUAGAAUUAAGAUGAACUAAAAUAAAAUUACCCAACUGAAAUAUGAGGUCUGGUCAGUGUGAUAUCAAUAAAUUCCUUUCCUAGAUAUAAAGAUAUUAAACUGGUGAAGUGUGUAAAGGUCUAAAUAAUGCUGAAGCCUUUGCAAUGAUGAUCUCUCGAGUCCACAGAGGAGAGAAAACACCGAGCACGAGACAUUAAACAUGCAUGCUACAUGCAGACUCAUUAUAGCUCAUGAUAAUUGCAUAUGAUGUCGUCAGACCAGGAGAAAUGUCUCAGAUGUUAUCAGCUGCUGCUGACUGAAUUCAAUAAGCGUAUGCUGCCGAGUGCAUUUAAUACACAGUCAAAUAUUACAUUAUUUUUUUUUCCCAACCAUGCAAUUCAUAUUUUAUUAUGCCAGUUAUUUCAGAUGAUAAAGCAACUUUUUUGGUUUUUGUUAUAAGCGAUUAAAUGUCUAGUUCGACUCACAGAUUUUCAAUAAUAAUACAGUACUCCUUUAGGUUGUAAUAGAGAAUAUAAAACACACUGCGCGUAGCCUAUACACAUAAUUAUGCUUGCAAUUAUGAGUUUAAUGUGCACGUGUUAAUAACCGAAGCGCGCAUUUUAAUUGUAACUGUGUCUCGUUUUUAAAAAAAGAGUUACAUUUGUGUUCUAAUGUAAGCGGCUUCAGUGAGCGCUAUUAGUACUUACUCCGCGCGCGUUAUAAAGUUAACGCGUCGUUUGUGUUAAACGUGGAUGGUUUCUACAGCGCGACGCGUUGUUAAUGUCGCGCUUGAUGGAAUGCGGCGUUGUCCCAUGCAAAUCCGCCGCCUCGCGUCCUCCAAUCAGAGCGCGGCGGCACUUAGCGUCUUCCAAUGGGAGACAGGCGCUCGCGCGGUUAUCUGCGCUGGAGGCCACUGAGCGGAGGACGGCGCUUCAGAUGCGGGCGGUCGCGGCACUCAAAGCGGGCGUGAGAUCUGCCGACGGCCGGCAUCCGGAUCUGCUUCGGGACGCUGUGAAACUCUUUCGCAUGGGAGACAUUCGCAGACUCUGACCUCCAGCUGCAGUGGAUGAGAGGUCGAGCUGUGCGCGCUGUUGUAGUUGUUACGCGGAGCAUCCUGAGCGCACCAAUGAUAGCGGUCGGGCAGAUGGAGAGUAACCGGCAGAGUGCGUUCGUCCUGGGCAGCACUCCUCUGGCUGCGCUGCACAACAUGACCGAGAUGAAGAACUCUUUAUUCCCGUACGCCCUGCAGAGCCCCGCGGGCUUCAAGGCUCCUUCCUUCUGCAACCUGAGCUCUCAGAUCCCGCUGGGGACCCCGCAUGGAAUAAGCGAUAUCUUGGGGAGACCCAUCACCGCCGCGGGACAGCUGCUCUCGGGCUUUCCUCGGAUCAACGGCUUGACAUCAGCCGGGAUGUACUUCAACCCCGCGGCGGUGUCUCGGUACCCCAAACCGCUGACGGAGUUGCCCGGGAGGGCGCCUAUAUUCUGGCCGGGGAUGAUGCAGGCUGCGCCCUGGAGAGACCCGCGGGUUCCCUGUCCGGCCCAGGCACAUCUGAUGCUGGACAAGGAUGGGAAGAAGAAGCACUCCAGACCAACUUUUUCCGGACAGCAGAUCUUCGCGCUGGAGAAAACCUUCGAGCAGACCAAAUAUCUGGCCGGACCGGAGCGAGCUCGGCUCGCAUACUCUCUGGGAAUGACCGAGAGCCAAGUCAAGGUUUGGUUUCAGAACAGAAGAACCAAAUGGCGCAAGAGGCACGCGGCUGAGAUGGCCACGGCUAAGAAGAAGCACGACUCCGAGACGGAGAGGAUGAAGGAGAGCUCGGAGAACGAGGAGGAGGAGGAGGAGGAUGAAUACAACAAACCUCUGGACCCGAACUCCGACGACGAGAAAAUCACGAGACUGUUAACAAAGCACAAGACGAGCAACCUGUCCCUCAUCAGCCCGUGCAGCAACAGCUCGGACACUUUGUGAUGAUGCUGAGACUCUUCAUCAUCUUCUUCUUCAUCAUCCUCUGCUUCAGAUUCUUCUGGAGAACCGAGGCAGAAUUAAGCAGGGUAUAAACUCACUUCUUUGCUUUGAACGCGGUUGUACAGGUAGAAGUGGACGUGAGAUGUAUAUAUAUUUUUUACUGAGUAAAUUAUGUUAUUAAAGCAUCAUCAUCAUCAGACGAAUAACGCCUAUUCCGCCUGAAAGCUUCUCUUCUUUAUUCUGGGAACAGGUGCACACGUGUAUAAAGAAGUGCUGUAAAUGAUCUGAACAGAAUUAGUUUGAAUGAAUGUACGGAAAAUACACAGAGAUGGAUGAAGAGAAUAUGACCGCUUCCGCGAGGACACUUUGUAUCAUCAAUAAAUUAUUUAACAAGCCGAUGUCUGAAAUAUGUCCUGGUCGUUUUUUUAAAUGUCAUGUUUAUUGGUUGUUUUGUGGCGCAUAUAUUUUGAGAUGUGCAGUUAUUUGCACGCUAGCAAAUGCAUAUUAUGUUCUAGGCAUCCGUGCAUUAAUAGCAUAUAGUAAUGCUAUUAAAAUCUCACAGAGGAGCACGUGGUUUGCAUAUGUCCACACAUGCGAGCAUAACACAAUUUAUGGUAUUAAUUAAAACUGCGCCAAAAUUAAAAAAAUCUUUUGAAGAUACCCCCGAACAUUUAUUUUACCCCCAGCACAUUUCUGGCUUUAGUACACGUUUCAUCUCAGUUUUUAGUGUUCAUUUAAAAUAUCUGCUAUUAUUUUAAUCUCCACUCUGGCAUUUAUCAGUUUUUAAGUCUUCGCCAACU